CGCAGACGUGGGCUGCAUGCGUGUGACCGCCCGGCUGCAGAGCUGUCCGGUCCGCACGCCCGCUGCGCUCGCCCCUGGGCAGUGUGGCGCUUCCGAAGCACCAUGGCUGGCUUCUACAGCUGCCUGAGGGCUCCAGAUGAUACUAGUAUGGCUGAAUCACUAAGUGAAGUUUCUGGAAGUCUGGAGGUUCUGGAGGCCAGCGAGGAUGGAAAGAAGAAAUCCAAAUUUAAAGCCUUCAAGAACUUUUUUGGCAAGAAGAAGAAAAAAGAGUCUGAAGAUGCCCAGGGAGGGAGGAGGCUAAAACCAAGCUUGUCCAGCAGCAGUAUUAACAUCUCUUCUCUGGAGCCAGUUCGAGAAGGUCAGCGAACUGAGCCCAGGAUCAAGAGCAACAUGGGUAGCAAAUCCCUGUCCCAUGACAGCAUCUUCAUGUUGGAACCCGAGCCUGAAAGAUCAACCCAUCAACUCUGCCCCUCUCCAGAGCCCAAGAGAGGCAGACCUCUACAGCGAACUCAGGUUUCCCGAACUCUGCCUAGAACUGGAACUAGUAAUGUGCAUGGAGCUGUUUCUGGACUUAUGUUUGAGGCUAUGCCCCAAUAUGUGCCCAAAAGUGGAAUCUGGGUUGGAGGCUCCAAGGCCCCUGAGAUCCCAACACGGCGCCCACGCCAACCCAGCAUCAGCCCACCUCUAAUCCAAUCUGACACAAAUUCUAAUGACUUUGAAGUAAGCUCUGUUGAUGAAGAGUCACCUAAGAGCUCAUGGAGGAAAGCUUUACCACACAAUAUCUUGACAUUGAAGAAGAGCUCCUUUGAGCCCUCACCUGGACCGAUCCGCUCACAGUCGUUGACCACGUUUGCCAUGAUUGCCUCUCCUGGCAGCACUCACCUGCCCAUGAGUUUCAACACCCCGGCCACCACCAAGGGCUGUUUGGAUUCUUCAGCUGCUCGACACAAGAUGGCUUUAAACCCCCGGAAACAAAAGAAAAAGAAGAACCCUCAAACCAGUGCAAAACCAAAGCAAGAGGAGUCAAUGCUUCUACUGGUUUCUGAAGAAGAGAAGAGUACAACCAAACCAAAAGAAGCUGACCGAAAGAAGCCGAAAAAAGACAAUCCAGGUACAGGUGUCUCAGGCCUGGAACAGAGCAAGAAAACUGAAACUUACGAUAAGAAGACAGUAGAUCAGGCCGCAAGUGCAGAUGCUGCUGGGAGUCAGAGCUACCCAUUGUCAGCGGCACAUGGAAGACGAGGUGCAAAGAAAGGUUCGAGUGCUUCAGGAACUAGUGAGUGUGUGCCCAGAGGAAGAAGCUUCAAACAAUCCAGUCGAGGGCUCCGCAGUGAUAGGGCGGGAUCCCCACCUGCCAAUCAGAGUGCCAGAGAUCAUCUUCUCUGGAACCUGUCUUUGGAGCAGCAAGUUCUGGAGCAGCCCACGACUCCACAGGCAGAAAGUCCUACUCCUCAGGAGCUUCUUUCAGGUAAAGAUGCCACCAGAAAGAGAGGUGCCGGUGUCGAUUUGAAAGUCAGAAAAGUCUUGGCCUCACCAGCCACCCCGGAAGACUCGGCAGAGUCCACGGUCAGCGAUCCAUCGCCAUGCCCUGAAGCCGAGAAGCCAGCAGCCAGAGCUUCUCUGUCCACAACCCAAGAAGAUGUCAUCUUCUCAGUUGCAAUGGAGGCUCAAGUGUUUAUGGAUCCUUCUCAUAUCCAGUCAGAAAGGGAGGAAGCUUUCAGCUUUGAUUUGCAAGCCAUCAAAUUUAAAAUGGAGUCAGUUCAAGAUGUUCCAGCGGUCUGCAGAGAAAAGUCUCCCGGAAGCAUUCUGCGGGCCGUUACAGCCAGCAUCUCGGGUCCCACGAGCACUCAGGCCGAGGGGGCCGUGUCUGCAGAGAGGCUGCCUCCCAGAAGCCUCUCCUGGGUCUUGGCGGACCUCGAGGCUGAGGAGCGGUCCUCGGCUUCAGAGAGCUCCUCAGAGGAGGCCAGCGGGUCUGAGCUGCAGCUGCUUCGCGGCCGUUCGUUCCAGGCUUUGGCGAAGCCCAGAGAUGAUGACCAGAAAUUCUUCACAGAGUCGGAAAGUUCGGCUGUGGAACUGAGCAGGCCGGAGCAGCCGCUGGCUCCGCGGUAUUCUUCCCUGAUCCUGACAAUGCCCAAAGUUCAGGAAGCAUCCUCGGAUUCGGCCAGUCCCUCAGAGGGCGAGCGCGACUCGGGGCGGCACCUGGCCCUCAGGCACCCCUUGCAGUCCUUGGGGAUGCCUGAAGAUUACCUACAAGUCUUCUCAGUCUCCAAAAGCUCCGGGGACCCGAGGGCUUCAGAGGGGGAGCUGACUCCCAGAUGCGCGUCCCGGGCCUUGGGGGAGGCGGAAGGCUGGGCCUCCUCCGCCGAAUCCAACAGCUACGGCGCGAAGUACAGCAGCGCUGACGACUGGAGCACCUCGGAGGAAGAUGUGCGCCCCAGGCCCCCUGCCCAGGCCCCCGGGAAGCCCACAGACGUACUGGAGAUCCCCUCGGGUUCAAAGAGCGCCCCCGAGGACUGGGGCGUUUCCGUGGAGGGGCUCGCUCAGUCCUUUUCGAGGCCCAAGCUUCAGCAGCAAGUGUCGUCGGAGAGGAGCAGCCUGGUGGAGCCGGCGCCGGCCGGGAAGGUUGUCCCGUCCUGGCUGCACCCCCAGGCCGAGCAUCAGGCCCCCGGGGGCCGCGAGAACCCGGCUGAGGACUGCAGCAUUUCUCUGGAGCCGCUGCCCCCCAGAGUCUCCUCUAGGCCCACCGGGCAGCCCAGGAUCGAGCAACCAGUCGCCAAAGGUCCAGAAAUGGCGACUGCCGUAGGGGGCAGGGCCGCGGAGCUGCUGCCCCCGAAACAGCCUUCUCAGCCCCCGCUGAAACCCGAGCAAGCCGUCCCCGAGAGGCCCGAGCGCCCAGUCGUGGAGGGGAGCGUCUCCGUGGAGGUGGUGCCUCCCAGAGGUCCGUUCCGGGCCUUGGCGAGACCAGCCGUCGAGGAACAAGUGUUCUUGAGCGUGCCGAGCGCCCCGGUCGAAGAGAACGUCGUGGUGGAGCCGCUGCCGCUGCCCAGACAUGCUUCCCAGCGCCCGGCGCCGCUUCUGGUCCAGGGGCAGGUCCCCGCGAGCGCGGGAAGCGCCGUGCCCUUUGCUGAGCCCCAGCCUCUGCAAGUGCUUGUGCAGCCCUUGGUGCACCCCAAGGUGGAACCGGACGUGUUCUCCGGCCUGGAGGGUGCCGCCACCGAGAAGGUCAUUGCAGUGGAGCCACCGCUCCCCGAACAUUCUGCUCCUCCGUCCUUGCCGAAUCCUGAAGCCCAGCAAGAGUCAGACAACGCCGCCGAGGAGGGCGCGUCUGUGGAGCUGCCGUCCGGGUUCCCGGCCCAGCCCUCGGUGAGGCCAAAACUCCAGCCACAGCUCCCUCCUCUGGACACGGCGGGCGCUUCUGCCGCGUGCAACCAACCCGCGGGGCCGGCGUCUCCCAGGAGCGUCUUGCAGUCCUGGCAGAGCUCCCCAUUCGAGCAGCAGAGCUCUGCGAGUCUGGAGAGCGCCGCUCUGGAGUGGGGCAUUUCUCUGGAGCCACUGCCUCCCAGGAGGCCUUCUCAGACCCGGAAGAGGCGGGCGGCGGCCCGAGCCGCCUCCCGGGAAUCCAGGAGCCUUGCGGCCCGAGAACGGAGCUCUCCGGUGGAGCCAAAGCCUCCCAGAGGCGCUUCCCUGACCCCAGGGAGCGCAAAAGUCAAGCAGCCGUCCUGGGCAGUUCCAGAGGGCUCCACGGCCCAGAAGGGCGGUUCUAUGGAGCAGCUCCCUCCAAGAAUGUCUUCUCAGUCCCUGACCAAAUCAGUGAGCAAGCAGCAGGUGUCCUGGGCAAUUCCAGAGGGUUCCGUGGCCCAGAAGGGCGGUUCUAUGGAGCAGCUCCCUUCCAGAAUGUCUUCUCAGACCCUGACCAAAUCAGUGAGCAAGCAGCAGGUGUCCUGGGCAGUUCCAGAGAGCUCUGUGGCCCAGAAGGGCAGUUCUAUGGAGCAGCUCCCUCCAAGAAUGUCUUCUCAGACCCUGACCAAAUCAGUGAGCAAGCAGCAGGUGUCCUGGGCAAUUCCAGAGGGUUCUAUGGAGCAGCUCUCUUCCAGAAUGUCUUCUCAGACCCUGACCAAAUCAGUGAGCAAGCAGCAGGUGUCCUGGGCAAUUCCAGAGGGUUCUAUGGAGCAGCUCUCUUCCAGAAUGUCUUCUCAGACCCUGACCAAAUCAGUGAGCAAGCAGCAGGUGUCCUGGGCAAUUCCAGAGAGCUUUGUGGCCCAGAAGGGCGGUUCUAUGGAGCAGCUCCCUCCAAGAAUGUCUUCUCAGUCCCUGACCAAAUCAGUGAGCAAGCAGCAACCAUCCUGGGCAGUUCCAGAGGGUUCCGUGGCCCAGAAGGGCAGUUCUAUGGAGCAGCUCCCUCCAAGAAUGUCUUCUCAGUCUCUGACCAAAUCAGUGUGCAAGCAGCAGCCGUCCUGGGCAGCUCCAGAAGGCUCCAUGGCCCAGAGGAGUGGUUCUACUGAGCAGCCCCCUCCCAGAGUGUCUUCUCAGCCUGAGACCAAACCAGUGGGCAAGCAACCAGCCUCGGCAGCUCCAGAGGGCUCUGUGGCCCAGAGGAGCAGUUCUACUGAGCAGCCCCCUCCCAGAAUGUCUUCUCAGCCCCUGACCAAACCGCUGGGCAAGCAGCUGGCUCCUGCAGCUCUGAAAAGCGCUGCCAUUGAGGGGGUUGCUUCUACAGAGAGAGGGCCUUCCAGGCAGCCUUCCCAGCCUCCCACCAGAUACAAAGUCCAGCAAAUGUCAUCAACUUUUGAGAAUGCUGUCCAGGUAGCCAUUUCAGGGAAGUCAGUGCCUUCCAAACAAGCUCCCCAGCCCUUGGGGAGGUCUAAGGUUCAGGAGCUGUCCUCACGUCUAGAGAUCACUGCUGCUGAAGGAGGCAAGUCUAAGAAAGCUUCAGUGUCCAGGCAGCCUUCCCAGUCAUUUGUGAAGUUUAUGGCAGAACAGGUCUUUUCAGAGAGGCCCACUGCUGAGGGGAGAAGCCCUAGGAAUCCUCCACCUGCAAAUCAACCUUCCAAACCUCUGCUGAGGUCAAAAGUCCAGUACCAAGCUUUCUCAGAGCUGGAGAAUGCCAGUACCAAGGGAGGCACUUCUUCGAAGCUACUGCCUAUGCCACCACACCCUAUACAGCCCUCUGGGAAGCCUGAAGGCCCAAAAGAAGUUCUCUCACAUCCAGAGAGUGCCCCCCUGAAGUGGGGCCGUUCCAAGGAUCAGCUGCCCCCCGGACACCUUUCCCAGGCACUGGGAAAGCUGGAGUACCAGCAAGGGAUCUCCUUUUCUGUCUCUCAGAGCUCUCAUGAAGAACGGAAGAGUUCUCAAGGGCAGCUGCCUUUCAGAGGCCCUCCCCAAGCCAAAGAGGGGGCCAAAUUACAGCCACAGCUUUUCUCAACAGGCCCAGUGAGUGUACCUGUAAAGCGGAGCAGGUCUGAGGAGCCUCAGCCUCCCAGACACCCUCGUCAGGCUUUUGCAGGCCCUGAAUAUCAGCCACAGGGUCGUUCAGGUCCAGUGUGGGCCGCCUCCACUGAGGGAACCAUCUCUGAGGGCGGUUCUGACAGCUGGUCACAACCAAAAGGCCCAGCUUCUCCAAACAAAGCCAAGAAACAUAAACAAGGCUCUGAAGACCCCAUCAAGAAUAUCCUGACCUUUGCUACCAAACCAGUGAAGUUCACUACUGCUCCUGCCAAGCAGGUGCCCACUUUGGGGGGCACUGUCUCUAAGGAGGAGGGUCUUGAGGGCAGCAAUCAAAAUAACAGCCAUCCAAAUGUGUCCACCACUAGGGCUAGUGUGGAAAACCUUUUUGGAGUUCGCCUGAGAAAGGUCCCUUCCUUGAAGAAGUACAAGAGGGAGAAACAAGAUGAUCUUACCAAGCUUUCUUCAUUCUUCUUGGGCCCAGUUUCAUCUUCGGCAGGUAAAGAACAGCGAAUCAGAAGUGCUUCCCAGGGGCUCCUGGGCACCGCACAGUACCUCACCUACCCAUUUGAAGUUGCAGAAAAGCAACAGAGCAGGCCCAAAUCUGAAUGCUUCAUCAAGAAGCAACCUGCUUACAAGGUCCCAGGAAAGGCUCCUGGUCGACAGGCAGAUUAUGGCACCUUCGAGCCAGCUUGGAUAACCAUGGUAAAGCAGAGGCAGAAGAGUUCCCAGGUCUAUGUUCCUAAGAAAGAGGCAAAAACCAAGAACAAAGCUGGAGCCAGGGCUGAGGCCAAAGAGCCUAGAGGGGUAGAACCUCCCUACAAAUCACUCCAAAAGGGAGCUGGCCUUGCAAAUGAAAACCAACCCAGAAAGAUUUUUACUUCUGUUGUCAAUAAACAGGAGAAGAUGGCACAGAAGAAGCUGUCCAUCAAGUCCAUCAAAGCAGGAUUUGAAGAUCCGAAGAUAGUUCAAGUGCCUGCAGUGGAAAAAGAAACCAGGCGAUCUUCAACUCUCCCAGCUGUGCUCCAAGAGCCAGCACAGCCAGAUGAGCCAGUUUGGUUCUCCCUGGCCAAGAAGAAAGCCAAAGCUUGGAGCCAUAUAGCAGAAAUCAUGCAAUAAAUAGCUCCUGGGCGGAGCUUCAGCAUUUCAAAUGAUCGUUGCCAAUAGCUUCAUUAAUGCCAUGUAGUGAUUUAUUUACCAUAACCACUUUUUAUUAACCAAAAGACCCUUCAACUAAAGCUAACAAUUAUUUGAAUGUAACAAAUGCCAUGAAUGCCUAACUUUUAGUACAGUCACUGCCAACAUUUGACAACCUAGCAUCUCCUCUAUAAAAACUGGAAAAUGCACAGCUAUAGAACUGGGAAAUCUUUAACUUUGGACAAUGAAUGAAUUUUAGAAGAGAGAAAGCAAAAACGUUUUGUGGGAGUAACAAAGAGGGGUUGGUCAUUUCCCUUGAUCAAAUAAAUUAAUUUGAAUGGAAAUGGCCAAAUGAUUUGGCCCAAGGAUUGGCUUUUAGGUUUUAUGAGCCUGGUUAAAUGCUUCAGUUCUUUGGUUGCUGCUUCAAGCUUCACAGAAGACCCUGAGAAGAGGUGGUGGAAGUAAAAAUUCUGGGUCUUCAAGAAAAGUUUCACACAGCUAGUCCCCUGAUUAGCCAUUGCCUUUUGAGACACCACCUUGGUAUCCCUGGAGCCCCCCAAUGCCUCUUAUAGAAAGCCCUCUCUGAGCAUGCCCUGCACCACCAGCCUGGCAGCAGUAAGCACCUCCCUACGAGGCUGAACAUUUCCCAGGGAUUAUAGGGCUCCCCUAGAUGGCUAAUUCAUCAGUGCUUGAUCUCUUGCCCCAAUGCCACUGUGACUCUCUAGGUGCUGAGAAAUGUACUGGAAUGGCAUAUAUAUCUUGUUUUUUUUUUUUUUUAACAAGCUUUAACUUUUUUAGCAGCUUUAACAGGGAACCUCCACAUGCCCAGUUUCUUGUCUGUUCCCUCAGCAGCCUCUGUUUCAAAAGAUUUCAACCCAAAGCAAGACCACAACCCCAAAGCCAUAGAACAAUUAACUUUCUGCAAACUAGAAGCCUUAGGUGCUCAAAUCAGCCUAGCUUCUCCCUGCCCUCAUUCCUGGAGCUACACACCUCACACAAGUUACUAGGCUAGACAGGUCCCCACCCCACCUCCCCGGCUACCCCGUCCCCCAUGAACCACUCUCGCAAGUCCUUUCCUUCUAAUUCAUCCUGCAAACACACCAAACACCAACGGAGGCUUCCUUUGGGUGCCCGGACAUACCUAGCUCAUUUCCUUAGGAGACCCAGAAGCGUCUUGCUCUACCUUUCACUGUGUCUGCUUCUGUCACUACAGGGCCACUUUGCUAAAACAGAAAUGUAAGCCGAGACAACUAACUGUGCCUUUAAAUUCUGAGUGGGGUGCUGCCUCCUGCAAACAGAUUCACUGAGGCAGUGAGGUGCCAGAGCUAAUUUGAACCCGUGGUGCUUGGUUUUGCUGGGGAUGCUUUAACGUGACUUUGUACGAUCAUAUGCUGGAUUUUGCAUUUUCUUUAUAAAGCAUCUAUUUUUUUCCUGAUACUGUAUCUUUGCCGUUCUAAUAAUGCUGGGUUUUUGAUUGAUUGGAUUUGAUUUCCUUUGUACUUCCACAGUGAACAGUUGAUUUAGGUAGAUGCCCUUUACCCAGGUGAUCCCCAUAAUUAGUUGUAACACCUCCCCUACCCCCUUCCCUCAGAGUAGACCCCCAUUAGCUUUUUCUCACUUUGAGAGCUCUUCAUUAAUAAUUUCUUUUCCACAGCUAACACAACUGUUUUUAAGUUAUGAAGUUAAGUUUUUAACACCUAAAUGCGCAUUCUAACAAGUUUUCACCCUCCUUCAGCGUUCUUGAUUUUUAGUAUGUAUCUGCAAAGCAAAUAAAGUCAAUAAAGCUUGUUCCAUAGUC